AAUUGGUCCUCCGUCAUGGCAACCAGAUAAAACUGUGCCUAUAGAACCUGCCAUUCCUAAAUCCUCAGCCGUCGCUUCUCCUACAACACAAACACUUAAUUCUCCAACUACCACAUAUGCUGUAGUAAGCACUAGCAUUAGUGACGGUAGCAACAAUAACAAUGGUAACACAAACGGUAAUGAUGUAAGCAAUCCUAAGACUAGCAGCACUGCUAAUAUAACCACAGUAGUUGUCGAUGGAUCGCAAACUCGUUUAAUCACAAUGGUAACUCCUACAACAGCGACAACACGAAUGCCAGAUUCAGCUAUUGGAGUUACAGUUUUUUCAAGUUUACCAACCACCACUUCUCCUCCUCCUCAAAAUACUACUAUGGUAAACGACUCUUUUUCGAAUGCUGCGAGAGAUGACUUGACGAUUUUGAGGAAAUUUGUGUUUGGAUUGGUGACGAUUAUGGGAAUGAGUUUCUGGAAAGUUUUAUAG